GAGCUGAUGUGGAUGUGAAUUCAGCAGCAUGGAUCAGUGUGAGGACAGAGAGGAGAGAGUCCCUCCCCCUAAAAGAGCCAAAGAAAGCCAGACCAAAGCUCAGAGGACUAAACGAGGAACAAAGCGUAAACAUGAAUCUGGACCCAGCUGUGUGUCCUUAAAGAGCGACCAGUCAAAACAUUUUAAUAUUGAUUUGAAACAAAGACAUUUAUCUGGCACAGAAAUGUAUCAGAAACCUGAACCCAGGUGUGUGUCCUUAAAAAGUGACGAGUCAAAACAUUUUGUUGAUUUUAAAGACAAUUCUUCUGCUGCAGAGAGAGUGGACCAGGAGAGUUCAAAGGUUCCCAGUGGUCAACCUGCCAAGCAGCAUCAAACACAUUUGGACUCUGUAUUUAUGCUGCUGGAGGACAACAUCAUCACUUUUGUGAAGAAUGAGCUGAAGAAGAUACAGGAGAUUCUGAGUUCAGAUUACCCAGAAUCCUUAGGGAGCCAGAAAGAGGAUGAGGGAGUCUUGGAGGAAGCAUUUGUGAAAAUCACACUGUACAUCCUGAGGAAACUGAAGGAGGAGGAACUGGCUGACUGUCUGCAGAUCAAAAUAUUUGCACCACAUUUUCAGCACGAAUUCAAAUCUUCUCUGAAGAAGAAGUACCAGUUUCUGUUUGAGGGGGUUGCCAAAGCAGGAAACCCAACCCUCCUGAAUCAGAUCUACACAGAGCUUUACAUCACAAAGGGAGGGACUGCAGAGGUCAAUGAUGAACAUGAGGUCAGACAGAUUGAAACAGCAUCCAGGAAACCAUACAGACCAGAAACAACAAUCAGACAUGAAGAAACAACAAUCAGACCAGAAGACAUCUUUAAAGCCUCAAUUGGAAGAGAACAACCAAUCAGAACAGUGCUGACAAAGGGAGUGGCUGGGAUUGGGAAAACUGUCCUAACACAGAAGUUCACUCUGGACUGGGCUGAAGACAAAGCCAACCAGGACAUCCAGCUGAUAUUUCCAUUCACUUUCAGAGAGCUGAACAUGCUGAAAGAGAAAAAGUUCAGUUUGGUGGAACUUGUUCAUCACUUCUUUAUUGAAACCCAAAAAGCAGGAAUCUGCAGGUUUGAAGACUUCCAGGUUGUGUUAAUCUUUGAUGGUCUGGAUGAGUGUCGACUUCCUCUGGACUUCCACAAAUCUGAAAUGCUUACUGACCCUACACUGUCACACUCAGUGGACGUGCUGUUGAUAAACCUCAUUAGGGGGAAUCUUCUUCCCUCUGCUCGCCUCUGGAUAACCACACGACCUGCAGCAACCACUCAGAUCCCUCCCAGUUGUUUUGACUUGGUGACAGAGAUCAGGGGGUUCAAUGACCCACAGAAAGAGGAGUACUUCAGGAAAAGAUCUAGAGAUGAACAGCAGGCCAGCAGGAUAUUCUCCCACAUCAAGACAUCACGAAGCCUCCACAUCAUGUGCCACAUCCUAGUCUUCUGCUGGAUCACUGCUACAGUUCUGGGGGAUGUCCUGAAAACCAGAGAGGGAGAGAAGCUGCCCAAGACCCUGACUGAAUUGUACAUCCACUUCCUGGUGGUUCAGGCCAAAGUGAAAAAUGUAAAAUAUGAUGGAGGAUCUGAGACAGAUCCACCCUGGAGUCCAGAGAGCAGGAAGAUGAUUGAGUCUCUGGGAAAACUGGCUUUUGAGCAGCUGCAGAAAAGAAACCUGAUCUUCUAUGAAUCAGACCUGACAGAGUGUGGCAUCGAUAUCAGAGCAGCCUCAGUGUACUCAGGAGUGUUCACACAGAUCUUUAUAGAGGAGAGAGGACUGUACCAGGACAAGGUGUUCUGCUUCAUCCAUCUAAGUGUUCAGGAGUUUCUGGCUGCUCUUCAUGUCCAUCUGAUCUUCAUCAACUCUGGAGUCAAUCUGCUGGAAGAGCAACAAAAAACAUCCCAUCAAUCUGAACACAUCUACAAGAGUGCUGUGGAUAAGGCCUUACAGAGUCCAAAUGGACACCUGGACUUGUUCCUUCGUUUCCUCCUGGGUCUUUCACUUCAGACCAAUCAGACUCUCCUGCAAGGCCUGCUGACACAAACAGGAAGUAGCUCACAGACAAAUCAGGAAACAGUUCAGUACAUCAAGAAGAAGAUCAAUGAGAAUCUGUCUGCAGAGAAAAGCAUUAACCUUUUUCACUGUCUUAAUGAACUCAAUGACCAUUCUCUUGUGGAGGAGAUUCAACAGUCCCUGAGAUCAGGACAUCUCUCUGCAGAUAAACUGUCUCCUGCUCAGUGGUCAGCUCUGGUCUUCAUCUUACUCUCAUCAGAAAAAGAUCUGGAUGUGUUUGACCUGAAGAAAUACUCUGCUUCAGAGGAGGCUCUUCUGAGACUGCUGCCUGUGGUCAAAGCCUCCAACAAAGCUCUGUAA